UGCGCGGCCCGGGUUUCCAGCCGGGCCUCUUUCCCGGCCGGGCCCCAGCAUGGCUGCCCCCAGGGCUGCGGGUGGGGACGGUGCCGCGUUGUCGCGUUCCUGACGGCCCCUGGCGUCUGUGCUCUCCUUCUCUUCCCCAGGCCACUCCAGCAGACAUGUUUGCCAAGGCCUUUCGGGUCAAGUCCAACACGGCCAUCAAGGGGUCGGACAGGAGAAAGCUUCGGGCUGAUGUGAUGGCUGCUUUCCCCACUCUAGGAACAGAUCAGGUCUCUGUGUUGGUACCUGGAAAGGAGGAGCUCAACAUUGUGAAACUGUAUGCUCACAGAGGGGAUGCAGUGACUGUGUACGUGAGCGGUGGUAACCCCAUCCUGUUCGAAGUGGAGAAAAAUCUGUAUCCGACAGUGUAUACCUUGUGGUCCUAUCCUGACCUUCUCCCAGCUUUCACGACGUGGCCUCCGGUGCUUGAAAAACUGGUGGGGGGAGCAGAUUUGAUGCUGCCAGGACUCGUGGUGCCCCCUGCUGGUCUGCCUCAGGUACAGAAGGGUGACCUCUGUGCCAUUGCCUUGCUGGGGAACAGAGCCCCUGUUGCCGUCGGAGUUGCUGCCAUGUCCACAGCCGAGAUGCUCACGUCAGGCUUGAAGGGAAGGGGCUUCUCUGUGCUCCACACCUACCAGGACCACUUAUGGCGAUCUGGAGACAAGUCUUCUCCACCUUCCCUUGCUCCACUGGCCCUGGAUCCCCCAGAUCUCAGUGAAGAGAAGGAGUCUGUCCAGGCAGACCCCGCCCUGCAGGGAGACCUGAGGCGCCUGACCCUGGAGGGAGAGGAGGAGAAUGGGGAGGUUCAGCGGAUGUGUGGGGAGAAGUCCCUAUCAGAAGCCUCGGAAGACCCCAGUGUCAGGGGCCUGAACCCAGACCCCACAGACAGCAAGACCCUUCAAGAACAAAUGGAUGAACUGGUACAGCGAUGCUUCUUGCAUGCUUUAAAAUGCCAAGUCAGAAAAGCUGACCUCCCUUUACUCACCAGCACGUUCCUUGGCAGCCACAUGUUGUCCUGCUGCCCUGAAGGACGACAGCUGGACAUCAAGAAGUCCAGCUACAAAAAGCUCUCUAAGUUCCUGCAGCACAUGCAGCAGGAACAGAUUAUACAGGUGAAGGAGCUGAGCAAAGGGGUGGAGAGCAUUGUGGCUGUGGACUGGAAGCACCCGAGGAUCACAUCUUUCGUCAUAGCCGAGCCCUCCCCGACCUCCCAGACUAUCCAGGAGGGUAGCAGGGAACAGCCCUAUCACCCUCCAGAUAUAAAAUCCCUCUACUGUGUCCCAGCCAGCAUGACUCUGCUCUUCCAGGAGUCUGGCCACAAGAAGGGGAGCAUUCUCGAGGGCGGUGAGGUCCGGACGAUCAUCAUCAACUAUGUCAAGAGAAAUGACCUCGUUGAUGCGGACAACAAAAAUCUCGUGAAAUUGGAUCCCAUCCUAUGUGACUGCAUCUUAGAGAAAAACGAACAGCACACAGUCAUGAAGCUUCCAUGGGACAGUCUCCUGACCAGAUGUUUGGAAAAAUUGCAGCCUGUGUAUCAAGUGACUUUUCCAGGACAAGAGCCCAUUGUGAAGAAAGGCAGAAUCUGCCCAAUUGACAUCACCCUAGCACAGAGAGCAUCUAAUAAAAAGGUGACUGUGGUCCGGAACUUGGAGGCCUAUGGCCUGGACCCGUGUUCAGUGGCCGCCAUCCUCCAGCAGCGAUGCCAGGCUAGUGCGACCGUCACACCUGCUCCUGGGGCCAAGGACAGCCUGCAGGUCCAGAUCCAGGGAAACCAGGUCCAUCACCUCAGCCGCCUGUUGCUUGAAGAGUAUCAGCUUCCUCGGAAACACAUCCAAGGCCUCGAAAAGGCCCCCAAACCUGGCAAGAAGAAGUAACAGACUCUUGUUUCAUGCGGACGAUCCAGUGGAAAUCAAGCUCUGGGCUGGUAAUUUAUAUGAGCAUUUUCAGCUUUUACAAAUGAAACAAUAUAAUUCUUUACCAAAAUAAAUUUUUAUUCUAAUCUAAA